AUGCGCACUCUCACGCGCUCUCUCACGCUCUCUCACGCGCUCUCUCACGCUCUCUCACGCGCUCCCUCGCGCACUCUCAGGCACACUCUCACGCACUCUCUCUUUCGCUCUCUCUCGCGCACUCUCACCACAUUCUCUCUCUCUCACGCGCUCUCUCUCGCGGACUAUCACACGCAUUCUCUCUCUUGCGCUCUCACGCACACUUGGACGCGCCCUCUCACUCGCUCUCUCAUGCGCUCUCUCAUGCGCUCCCUCACGCGCUCUCUCACGCGCUCUCUCAUGCGCACUCUCACGCACACUUCCACGCACUCUCUCAUAUGCUCUCUCACGCACUCUUAUGCGCUCUCUCACGCGCUCCCUCACGCACUCUCACGCGCCCUCUUGCGCUCUCUCACGCGCUCUCUCACGCACUCUCUCACGCGCUCUCUCAAAGCGCACUCUCAGGCACACUCUCACGCACUCUCUCUCGCGCUCUCUCUCGCGCACUCUCACCACAUUGUCUCUCUCACGCGCUCUCUCGCGCACUAUCACACGCAUUUCUCUCUCACGCUCUCACGUUCUCACGCGCACUCACACGCGCUCUCUCAUGCGCUCUCUCACGCGCUCCCUCACGUGCUCUCAUGUGCUCUCUCACGCGCUCUCUCAGCGCUCUCUCACGCGCACCCUCACGCGCACCCUCACGCGCUCUCUCACGUGCUCUCUGAUGCGCUCUCUCACGUGCUUCCUCACGCGCUCUCUCACGCUCUCCCUCACGCGCUAUCUCACGCGCUCUCUCAGCGCUCUCUCACGCGCACCCUCGCGCACACCCUCACGCGCACCCUCACGCGCACCCUCACGCGCUCUCUCACGUGCUCUCUGAUGCGCUCUCUCACGUGCUUCCUCACGCGCUCUCUCACGCGCUCCCUCACGCGCUCCCUCACGCGCUCUCUCACGCGCUCUCUCACGCGCUCUCUCACACGCUGCCUCACCCGCUCCUUCACGCGCUCUCUCACACGCUCUCUCAUGCGCACACGCUCUCCCUCUUCCUGCAGCAGCAGCCGCCGCCGCCCUGCAGCAGCAGCCGCCGCCAGGCCUCCAGCAGCAGCCGCCGCCAGGGUCUGCAGCAGCAGCCGCCGCCAGAGCCUGCUGCAGCAGCCGCCGCCAGGGUCUUCAGCAGCGGCCGCCGCCAGGGUCUGCAGCAGCAGGCGCCGUCAGAUCCUGCAGCAGCAGCCGCCGCCGGCCUGCAGCAGCAGACGCCUCCGCCCUGCAGCAGCAGCCGCCGCCAGGCCUGCAGCAACAGACGCCGCCGCCCUGCAGCAGCAUCCGCCGCCAGGCCUCCAGCAGCAGCCGCCAGGCCUGCAGCAGCAGCCGCCGCCAGAGCCUGCAGCAGCAGCCGCCGCCAGAGCUAGCAGCAACCGCCGCCAGAGCCUGCAGCAGCAGCCGCCGCCAGAGUCUGCCGCAGCAGCCGCCGCCAGAGCCUGCAACAGCAGCCGCCGCCAGCGCCUGCAGCAGCUACCGCCCCUGGACCCGGUACGCUCUGUGCUGCCCUGCCUGUGCUGCCCUGUGCUGCCCGUGUCUGUGCUGCCCUGUGCUGCCCGUGCCCUUGCUGCCUGUCCCUGUGCUGCCUGUGCCUGUUGCUGCCUGUGCCUGUGCUGCCCGUGCCUGUUGCUGCCCGUGCCUGUGCUGCCCGUGCCUGCGCUGCCCGUGCCUGUGCUGCCCGUGCCUGUGCUGCCCGUGCCUGUGCUGCCCGUGCCUGUGCUGCCCGUGCCUGUGCUGCCCGUGCCUGUGCUGCCCGUGCCUGUGCUGCCCGUUGCCUGUGCUGCCCGUGCCUGCGCUGCCCGUGCCUGUGCUGCCCGUGCCUGUGCUGCCCGUGCCUGUGCUGCCCGUGCCUGUGCUGCCCGUGCCUGUGCUGCCCGUGCCUGUGCUGCCCGUGCCUGUUGCUGCCCGUGCCUGUGCUGCCUGUGCCUGUUGCUGCCUGUGCCUGUGCUGCCCGUGCCUGUGCUGCCCGUGCCUGUGCUGCCCGUGCCUGUUGCUGCCUGUGCCUGUGCUGCCUGUGCCUGUGCUGCCUGUGCCUGUGCUGCCCGUGCCUGUGCUGCCCGUGCCUGUGCUGCCCGUGCCUGUGCUGCCUGUGCCUGUUGCUGCCCGUGCCUGUGCUGCCCAUGCCUGUGCUGCCCGUGCCUGUGCUGCCUGUGCCUGUUGCUGCCUGUGCCUGUGCUGCCCGUGCCUGUGCUGCCCGUGCCUGUGCUGCCCGUGCCUGUUGCUGCCUGUGCCUGUGCUGCCUGUGCCUGUGCUGCCCGUGCCUGUGCUGCCCGUGCCUGUGCUGCCCGUGCCUGUGCUGCCCGUGCCUGUUGCUGCCCGUGCCUGUGCUGCCCGUGCCUGUUGCUGCCUGUGCCUGUGCUGCCUGUGCUUGUUGCUGCCUGUGCCUGUGCUGCCCGUGCCUGUGCUGCCCGUGCCUGUGCUGCCCGUGCCUGUGCUGCCCGUGCCUGUGCUGCCCGUGCCUGUUGCUGCCCGUGCCUGUGCUGCCCGUGCCUGUGCUGCCCGUGCCUGUGCUGCCCGUGCCUGUGCUGCCCGUGCCUGUGCUGCCCGUGCCUGUGCUGCCCGUGCCUGUUGCUGCCCGUGCCUGUGCUGCCCGUGCCUGUGCUGCCCGUGCCUGUGCUCCCCGUGCCUGUGCUGCCCGUGCCUGUGCUGCCUGUGCCUGUUGCUGCCCGUGCCUGUGCUGCCCGUGCCUGUGCUGCCCGUGCCUGUGCUGCCUGUGCUGCCCGUGCCUGUGCUGCCCGUGCCUGUGCUGCCCGUGCCUGUUGCUGCCCGUGCCUCGUGCUCGCGCCCUCGUGCGCUCUGCUACUGCGACGGCGGAGAGGGAAGGAGAGGCGACGGCGGGGAGUGGGGAGAGGCGACCGCGGGGAGGAGCGAGAGGCGACGGCGGGGAGGAGGGAGAGGCGACGGCGGGGAGGAGGGAGAGGCGACGGCGGGGAGGUGGGAGAGGCGACGGCGGGGGGGAGGAGAGGCGACGGCGGGGAGGUAAUGGAGAAGAUACGGCGGGAUGGGAGGGAGAGCGACAAGUGA